ACUGCCAACUAUAUAACGGCUUAAACGACUUUCCCGAAGAAGAAAGCGCCCAAAUCCAAAGGCUUUAUCUUGCAGUUUCCCCCUCUCUCUUUCCAUUGAAGAGCUCGUUCUUAGUAAGAUUCAGCUCAAAUUUCCCUUUCCUUGAUCAGUAAAUCUCAAAAGUUUGUGCCUUUGAGUUCGUACUCAGCAGCUUUUUGACAACUUCGUCUUCUUUCUUGCAUUUCAACGACAACCCAUAUCAGUUUUUUCCUGUUUUUUGUGUUGAACAAUCUGACCCAGAAUUUGAUUUGGAAGCAAAGUAGUAAAAUUGGUAAGAGAACCAAAACCCAUCUGGAAUUUGUUCAUCUUUCUGCAAUUAUUGCCAUGAACUAUCUGUACCCAGUGAAGGAAGAGUUCCCGGGUUCAAGUUCAUCACAAUCGGGUCCUGGUGACCCGGUGGUGAUGAUACCGCCACAGCCAAUGGAGGGUCUGAAUGACAUAGGCCCUCCUCCAUUUCUGACCAAGACCUUUGACAUGGUGGAUGACCCGAGUACCAAUCGGAUAGUUUCUUGGAGCAGAGGAGGUGGAAGCUUUGUUGUUUGGGAUCCUCAUCCCUUUGUUAUGAAUCUCCUUCCUAGAUACUUCAAGCACAGUAAUUUCUCAAGCUUUGUCAGGCAGCUCAACACUUACGGCUUUAGAAAGGUUGAUCCUGACAGAUGGGAGUUUGCCAAUGAGGGGUUUGUAAGGGGUCAGAAGCAUCUCCUUAAGAACAUUAAAAGAAAGAAGACACCUUCUCAGCCUCUUCCUGCACAACAAGCUCUAGGCCCUUGUGUGGAAGUAGGGCGGUUUGGGCUAGAUGGAGAAAUUGAUCGUUUGCGGCGCGACAAGCAGGUCCUAAUGAUGGAGUUGGUGAAGCUUAGACAGCAGCAGCAGAAUACUAGAGCUUACCUUCAAGCAAUGGAACAAAGGAUACAAGGGACCGAAAUGAAGCAGCAACAAAUGAUGGCUUUCUUGGCAAGGGCAAUGCAAAACCCAGCUUUUAUGCAGCAGCUAGUCCAACAGAAGGAUAAAAGGAAGGAGCUUGAGGAAGCCAUGACUAAGAAAAGGAGGAGGCCAAUUGAUCAAGGACCUAGUGGUGUUGGUGGUGGCAAAUCGAGCCUAAAGGGCAAGGGAACAAACCUCAUUAAAUGUGAGCCUCUUGAAUUUGGAGAUUGUGAUUAUGAAAUGUCAGAGCUAGAAGCACUUGCAUUGGAAAUGCAAGGAUUUGGAAAGGCAAGAAAGGAACAGGAUGAAGAGAGUGAGAGAUUUGAGGGAGACUUAAGCAUUCCAAGUGCAAUAGUAGGGGAAGAUGAAGAUGUGAUUAUCUUGGCUGAUCGCUUAGGUUACUUAGGUUCAUGCCCAAAGUAGAGCUAGCUAGCUGCACUUCUUCUGCAUUUCUAUCUCUGUCCUCUUCAGUUCACUGCCUCGUUGACCAUUUCUUUUUGGGUAGGAGGCUAAGGCCUCCAACAGUUGUUUCCAUAGUCUCUCAUUUUGCAUCUCUACAGUCUCGUCAAGUGCCAUUAGGCCAUAACUUUCAUUCUGGAUUUCUUGGUAUUGACAGGAUAGGGGGAUUAGCAGGCUGAUAUCCGUUGAAACCAUCUUAGUUUCUGGUGUUUCUAACCCUGCACUUGUUUAUUAAUUGCCUCCUUUUCUCAUCUAAUAAUGCCCUCUCUUGUUUCUUUAUCUUGGUUAGGUUGCAGGCAUUGCUUGGACAGAAUCUGUGCUAGUUUUUAUGAUGAUUUAUCUCAAGAUUUGUUGAGAAGCUGUUGAACUUGAAAAGGAGUAGCUGCAAGCUCCAAGAACCAUAAACAAAAUGUUGUUUUUGGAUCCAAGUGACUAUUGGCUGAUAACUUUGUCAGUAUGAUACUUUCUGUUACUGAGUACUGUCCUAUGUUGUUUGAGUAAAGAUAUAAACAGAGGUAGUUGGGUAAUAUGAACUUCAUAAUGUUACAUUUGUACCAUGUAGAUUUGUUCAUGUCGGGCAAAUACGGUUCUCAUCAGUCACUUCAUCAGCCGUGGACUCUCAAACUGGUACAGUAUCACUCUUUAAAACAUCACCAUAAAAAAUGUGUUCCUUACCCAAUUGAUGUCUUACUUACAGUACAGAUGAAGAAAGACAGGAUCCGAGUAUCAAAGUAGAUUGACUGGGUUGAACUUGAAGAGCAUAAUAUGAUUCUAACUCUACAAGUAGGGUUAGAAUGUGUUUAAUUUGUGUGAGUAAUCAUUGAAACUUGGGUCUGCAAGAUUCUGUAAUUAAGCUGAGAUUUUUAGUGAGGUGGAUUAUAGAAAGUUAUGUGCCUAGCGGAUGAUAGAAAGUUAAUACUUUACUGGGAAAGUUUCAAUAGAAGAUGGACUGUUCCACCCUUAAAAAGCUUAGGCAAACCAAUUCAAGAAAUCACAACCCUUUAAUUUUUGAAUAGUCUAGUGUUGUGCACUUAUUAGGCUGCCUUGUGUUUAACAUUCCCCAUGGCAGUGUGUGAUUGGCUCGGGAUAUUGUCUGGUGACAUCCCCAUUUUAUAAAAGUUUUUCUCGUAUUCGGAUAUCGGUCGGUCCAAUUUUGAAA